GGCAGCGUGUGAAGGGGCUGCUGUGGAUCAGAAAAUAUAAGUCAGGAAACUAUGUGGAGCAGCAUGACUCCUCUAACACUUGGAUUGUAUCUGCCUCUCUGGUUCUCUUAUGGCCUGGCUCAGUCAUCAGUCCUGGACAGUUUUAUUUCAUUCCCAACAGCUCUCAGACCUGAGGAGCAGCAGAGGAGGUUCAACCCAUGCUGUUUACUGAGUCCGCCUCCACCCCCGCUGUUUCCUCCACCCCCUUCACUUUGGCGCCGCCACGCUCAUAUUGAAGGUGUUCCAUCUCACAGCGGAAAUUCAGAGCCGGGCAAUGAGGACAAAGGUUCUGCCUGUGUCCGAGGCCCCCCCGGGCCAGCUGGCCCCCCUGGCCUUCAGGGUCCACCUGGGUUACCUGGGAUCGGAGGGCCCAAAGGAGAAAAGGGAGAAAUCGGAAGACCUGGGCAAAAGGGUCGGACAGGUCCUCCUGGACUUCCUGGGAAACAGGGACCCGCUGGAUGGCAAGGACCAACUGGGCCCAAAGGUGAGAAAGGUGAUCCCGGGCUGAUGGGUUUGCCUGGAGCCAGAGGACCAAUUGGGCCACGGGGUUUACAUGGGUAUAAAGGAGAAAAGGGCUCUCGAGGCGAUCGUGGUGAGAGUGGAGUCAAAGGUGAUAAGGGGGCGAUGGGUUUCCCAGGGAUGCUUGGACAGAAAGGUGAAAUGGGUCCAAAAGGAGAACCUGGAAUUGCAGGAAACAGAGGACCCACCGGACGUCCAGGGAAGAGAGGCAAACAGGGAAUGAAAGGAGACCCGGGCAGUGUGGGUCCCAUGGGACCUGCAGGCCCACAGGGACCUGCCGGCCACCCUGGUCCUCCUGGUUCACCUGCUACAGGACUGUAUAUGGUUGGAUCGAAGGGUGCUAGAGGUCCACCAGGGCCCCCUGGAAAGUGUAGCUGUGGCUCUCUCAGCACUUUUCCAUAUGAUGAUUAUCCUUCAAGAGUAAACUACGCCAAAGUACCAGCAAUAUUCGUUGUGAGCAACGAGGAAGAACUGGAGCGUCUCCAAACAGACAACGCUCUUGCAUUCCGUAAAGAUCAGAGAUCUCUGUAUUUCAAAGACAUCGAUGGCUGGUUACCAAUCCAGACUUUUCCAUUCCAGCUGACGCCGUUCCAGUCCAUGGAAAAUGCUCCUGAUGAUGAGGGUUACUGUGGUGAUGGGAUUGUGCAGAUUUCCAACGGGGAGGAGUGCGAUGACAGAAACCGGGUCGUGACAGAUGGCUGUGUCAAAUGUAAACACGCCUACUGUGGAGAUGGGUAUCGCUAUGAGGGGGCUGAGGAGUGUGAUGGGAAGGACUUUGGAUACCAGACAUGUAAUUCAUAUCUUCCAGGGUCAUAUGGUCACCUCAAGUGCACACCAUACUGUGUUAUUGACUCCACAAACUGCAAGUACUUCACCUGAGGAGGAAGCUGGACGCUGCAGUGGGAUCCUUUGUGUUUUGUUUGCUUGACACAUAACAGGAAUAUUGAUGCAAAAAAAGAAUGCUCCAAGCAAGCAAGAAACUCUGAAAGUAGAGGCACCUAGUGAUGAAAUUUCUACUUCUAUGAUGAAAGAAAACAUAAAAACACACGUGUAUAUAACUCCUCUGAACUGCUGCUGAGAUGCCAUGAAAGCUUCCUUGAGCUGAAGCUCAUCAGUGGAAGUGGAAAGCUUUCACCCACACAUAGGAAAUGCACAGGACAACUGCACUCCGUCUUAACAUGCAGGACUCAAGACCGGCCUUCUUACCACGCCCAAAUGGACCGGAAACACCUUCUGGAUGGUGUGACAGCAAUGCAGACUCUAAAUGAAGUAAAGGAUGGUGAUGUUGCAGAGGAGCCUGAGGCACAAUGACCCAGUUACUGUUGAAAAAAAAGAGAGGCAGUAGGACAAACAGAGCCAUGGCCUCAGGUAUUUUAAAUGACAGUGCACCGCAUUUGCAUGAGGCUGGGAUUACUGAGCUGUCACUCUCUGAGCAUGUAACCCAUCACUUUACAUAUUAUUGCCACGGGAAGGUUUGCAUCACACCCAGAAAUUCAGUUGUGAAAGUAAAACGAGGCACAUACAAGAUCAACAUGUAUAUAGAGGAAAGAAUACAUGAUAUAAACUUGUAAAUUUCAGUCAGACUGUUAUACCAGGUGACCACUCUUUAGAGGCUUUAAUAGCUUGUGGAGAUGUUUUACUUGACAGGGAUAUUCAGUCUGGUCAAGGUUUCAAAAAUCCCCAAAAUGUCUCAGGAACCAACAGGUAAUAAUGCUCCACACAUCACCGUUCACAGGCAUCCACCACUACUUCCCUCUUUGUAAAGUUAAAUGGCAGUGACUGUACGCCGAAGCACACAGGAAACUCCUAUAAAUGCUUUAAAAAUAUACACACGCUUGAGUUUCUUCUCUGUGCUUCAGCCAGAAAUGAAAUACUCUGUAUGUGAAGGCUUGAAACUGUUACGUUCUUAAUUUUUCUCAUGGCACAGGAAAGGCUGGUAGAAACUGUUUUAGCUGCUAAAGGUGGAAGGAAGUUCAAUUCCAGCCUGCUGUAUGGUCAUUACUGUAUUUACUCUAAUACCUCUUUAACCAGUCGUUCUGUCUUACAAUGUAAACGGCAACACAGAAGCUCAACGGUAAACUUAACAGUGUAGAUGUAGUCUGCUGUGUGUUGGGCAAUGACUUUGCCGAUAUAUAAGCUGACAUUUCAUAAGCUACUGUACAAGUCGCAGUGCCAAGGGAGACAUUUCUCAACCAUACUUACAGUAGAUGUAGUCAGGUAAAAGUAAUCGAAAGAUGAUGACUGUUAUAUCGUCUUUGCAUGCUCAUGCUACUGUGCUAAAAAUGUGUGUGACACGCUUCCACUUUGUCAAGCAGUGUUUUAUAAAUUCUUGUAGCAUUCUUCAGCGUAGCAGGUGUCUCAAGAAGUACUGUAUACGUGACGCUUCUUAUUAUGAUAGUGAUGAACUGUGCCAUGCACAAAGCUCAAAAACCUUUUUGGAAGUUGUGUUGAAUGUUGGUGUAUCUGUGGCCUGUGCUGCUGUGCUAUAUCCUGUCCUGUGUGCACAACACUGCUGAAACAUAACAUGCAUGUGAUAAUGUACUGUUAGCUUUAUAAAAUUUAGUAUGCACUGUGACUGGGAUAGUCUUUUUUUGCUAUUAUAUGAUUUAUACAGUAGUUGUGGAUAAUUUUGAAAAGAAACAGAAAUAAAACAAGGAUUGAA